UUGAAGAUGGGGAAGAGAUGGCAUUGAUGAAGGUAUGCAAGCACGCAGAUGCUGUUGACAGAGUGGAAGCAGUGAUGGAUAAUCUUGCUCUUUCCCAUGCCAACUCUGACCAGCCAAAUGACCAGAAUCAUGAGGGGAAAAAAUAUGAUCCGGCUUCACUAUUCCACCAACUAGGAAGGGACGUCUCAGUAGACUGUCUCGUUCGUUGUUCUAGGGCUGAUUACGGCUCAGUUGCCAUGCUGUGUAGGAGUUUCCAUUCUCUAAUUCGGAGUGGAGAGCUGUACACUCUGAGGCGGAAAAUGGGUAUUGUAGAACAUUGGGCUUACUUCUCUUGUGCUCUCUCUGAAUGGUGGGCAUUUAAUCCAGAUCGUGGACGUUGGAUGCCUUUGCCUAAAAUAGAAUCAAAUGAAAGUUUCAUGUAUUCAGAUAAGGAGUCUUUAGCCGUUGGCACCGAACUUCUUGUAUUUGGAAAGGAAAUAAUGUCCCAUGUGUGUUACAAAUACAGCCUUUUGACACACAGGUGGUCAUCCGGCCGUUUGAUGAAUACACCUAGGUUCUUGUUCGCUUCCGCUAGCAGUGGGGAAAUUGCCAUUGUAGCUGGCGGUUGCGAUCUAUGUGGCAAUAUCUUGAGCACUGCUGAGCUCUACAAUUCAGAAACAGGAACUUGGUUGACUCUUCCGAGCAUGCAUGAACCUAGAAGAAUGUGUUCUGGGGUAUUUAUGGAUGGGAAGUUUUAUGUCAUUGGCGGGAUUGGCGGCAGCUCAGCUGGGGAGGUUUAUGAUUUGGAGAGGGGGACUUGGACUGAGAUACCUAACAUGCACCCUAGAAAAAAGAAAGGGGCUGGAGCAACUGAUGUGCCUGCUAUAGCUGGGUCACCUCCUCUGGUUGCAGUUGUAAAUAACAUACUGUAUGCUGCAGAUUGGGGAAAACUGGAGGUAAGAAAAUAUGAUAAGGAGAGGAACGUGUGGGUUACUAUUGGGGGAUUGCCUGAGCGGACAUACUCAAUUAAUGGUUGGGGAGUAGCAUUUCGGGCAUGUGGUAAUCGGUUAAUUAUAAUCGGUGGACGUAGGGGUUCAAGCGUAGAGCAAAUUGGAGUAGAGCAAAUUGAAGUCAAUUCUUGGGUCCCUGAUGAAGGUCCGCCGCAGUGGAACCUGCUCGCUAUAAGGGAAGAUUUGCGAGGCUUUGUCUAUAAUUGUUCAGUGAUGGGAUGCUGAGGUGUCCGGUUUCCGUGACACCAUAUGCUGGUUAGAAGGUGUGUUGCGUCUCGU